AUGCAGACCUUCGCCUUCGGUAUCCUCGCCCUCAGCGGCCUGGCCUCUGCCACCUACCCCGUCGGUGGCUACCCGGUCGUCAGCCCUCCCAGCUACCCGGUUGAGACCUACCCUCACCAGGACACCACCACCUCCAAGGCCUCGACCACUGCUCAGACCUACCCGGUCUCCAGCCCCACCCCGGCCUCCAGCUACCCGGCGACCACCUUGAGCUCGGUCCAGACCUACCCGGUCUCGUCCAAGUCGGCCUCCACCUCGGCCACCUACCCCGUCAGCGCUCCCAGCUACCCUGCCAGCAGCGCCAGCACCACUGAGUACACCACCUCCACCUACUCGGCCACCACCGUCUACACCACCUGCACCGAGCCCGGCAAGGAGACCUACACCACCACCGAGGUCUACGUCACCACCACCGUGUGCCCCGUCUCCUCCGGCAAGCCCGCUCCUCCCCCGAGCAGCUACCCCUCGGUCCCCGUCCCCCCCGUCUACCCUACCACCACCCUGGCCACCUCCAAGACCGCCGGCGUGCCCUCGUACCCCGUUGGCACCGGCGCCUCGACCACCUACCCUGUCGGCACUGGCAGCUACACCGCCCCCAGCAAGCCCAGCUCCACCUACCCUGCCACCACCCCCUCGACUCCCGUCACUGCCGGUGCCGGCCGCGUCGAGAAGGGUCUGGCCCUCGCUGGUGCCGCCGUCGUCGGUGCUCUCUUCCUGUAA